AUGGAUCAAGCAAAAAGCAUAGACAGCGGUGAGGUGUUAGAUCAUGCUGAUGAAAGGGUGGGUGAGAAUUUGAACCAUUCGGUUGAAGGAAAUACAAUUGAUGCAGGAGUUAGACAUAGCUUGGGUGAAAGAGUUAAUGUAAGUGGGGAAGAUGGGGCUUCGCAAGAGAUGUGCAAUGAUCUUGGUUUGAAUGGGGAGCUAAAGGAGGGGCCCCAAGAAGUUAAUGAUCAUAACAUGGGUGACCCUCAAGAAAUUAAUGAUACAUUGCAUAGGGUUGAUCAAGGAACCAGUUAUAGUUCAAGAAAUUUGGUUAGUGGUGAACUACCUGAGACUUGUGCUGUAAUUGAUCCUUCCGCUCAGAUUGAGUGUGUAAGUGGAGAAAAUAGGAAAUUGGAAGCAAAACCUAAUGAUUCAGGGUUGAGCAAGUUGUCCAUGAAAGUGACAAAAGGGGUUUCUGAGAUAGAUAAAAAUUCAUGUGUGAUUGAUAUAAACAGAGGUAGCUGCGACGGUUUUAGUGAGAAUUUGGAAGGUGAAAUGAUUUGUAGGAUUUGCCAUCUGGCCUCUGGGCAACCAUUAGAAGCAGCAGCUGUUGGCACUGCUGGUGGUGCUACUAAUGAUACUGAUUUGAUUCAGCUUGGUUGUGCAUGUAAAGAUGAGUUAGGCAUUGCUCACAGUCAUUGUGCCGAGGCAUGGUUCAAGAUUAAAGGAAACAGGUUGUGUGAAAUAUGUGGUGAGACUGCAAAAAAUGUUUCGGACGUUAGUAGUGAUCAGGGAUUUAUGGAAGAGUGGAAUGAUACUAGAUUCUUGGGCAAUGAUAAUACCUCAUCCAGAAGGUUUGGAGGAUGCUGGCGCGGACAACCAUUUUGUAACUUCUUAAUGGCAUGCCUAGUAAUAGCUUUUGUUCUACCAUGGUUCUUUCGUGUAAAUAUGUUCUAG